AAUCAGUGAAGAGAGGAGGAGCAUGGAGCCGCGCGGGAGGCCCGUCGCUGUGAGGACGGAGCCGCCCUGGAGGCCGGCGCCAACGCCGUCGCCGCGCGGGAGGCCGCCGUCUCCGCCAAGCACGGAGCCACACGGGACACGGCGCUGCGGCGGAACUCAGACCAGCCCGUCGCGUCCGCCGCCAAUCCUUGAGGGUGCAGCCUGAGGACGCAUCCGCUGCCGCUUCAAGCCCUCCGCUGCGGAAGGGGUCGUUACCACAGGGAGGCGGCGCUUCUGUAGGUGGAGGAACACGCGGGAAGGUACAUGGGCCGAGUCCCACGAAACGCAGGCUCGCGGGUUGGAGCUCGCGCGUACCAGCCGCCGCACAAGAUCGCUAAGAUGCGGCGCCGCCGCGUAGUGCAAUCCUAGAAGGGAAAGGACGGGUCUUUGUCCGAAGCGGUGCUGGGCCUAGCGUGAGCCCAACCCGACCUACCCUGGCUAUUUAUCCUAUUCAUCUGCCCACCCCGAGUAGAGGAGACGGAGGCUCGGGGUUUCCACUUUCCUCGCGUAAAACAGCGGCGGUAGGGCUUCCUCGCGUAAAACAGCGGCGGCUAGGGUUACGAAAACUCUCCAAGGUGCGUGCCAUAGUGAGAUUGAGAUGCAACUCGAUGCUGGGGCGACAAGCAAGGUUAGGGCGGCCGUCAAGGGGGAGGCAGGGAAGAAGCGCAAGACGAAGAAAAAGGUACCUGCGAUUGUAAAGAAGGCAGAGAAACCGAGUGUGUGGAGGAGCGACGGCACGAUGAAGGAAACGCGUCGACCGGCGCCAAUAUACAAAUUGACAAUUCCUGUCAAUGAAGAUCUCACCGAGUUCCGCCAAUGGUGGAUGGAACUAUAUGGCAAGCAGAUUGUUUCCAUGGAUCAGAGAACAAAUGUUCCCAGCGUGCGUUUGGGAGACGAUGUUCCCUUCGAGCCCGUCAGCACUCUGCAGUUCUUUGAAGUCAAAAUCUCGUCCGAAAAGUGGCCACUGCAUGUGUAUGGUUUUAUCGCCACACGGGACUCGGUGGAUUACAAGCGCAAUAUCAUCUUCGAGCGUACAAGGGAUGACUGUCAGAUCAUUUACGAGCAGACUCCGUACCUAUCACUGACGGGUCCUGCACGUGCUGUUGCUCUGGUUGAUCCUGUGUUCUUUGAGGUUCACCUCCAAGUCAAGGGCACUGGGCAAUCUGAGGAUUACGAUCUAAUCUCGCUAGCUCAGUCUUUCCGAGAUACUGGGCCACUUGAAUCAUCCCUAUUUAAGUCUGUCUACACUGGCAAGAUCAGCAAACUGGAGAUGACAUUUGGCCACAUUAUUAUGUCAGUAGAGGCCGCAGUCAGUAUGAAAGUCAUCAGUGGGUCAUGGCCAGAUGGUUUUAUGGGUAUUUUUUCUGCAAGAACUGCCAGUAUAAACGACAUGGCAGUUGUGUUGCUUGUCACUGGUGAUGAUGGUUUGCCUCUUGCUGAUGAUGGCGUGAUCAAGUUUCAACGCGAUGUUGUUUCUGCUGAAAUUAUGGAGGGAGAGCAUCUGGAAGUCUGUGCCCGUGCUCUUGGUGUUGGUGAGGCGCGAUACGAUGACUCCUUAUUUUUUAAACCUCAGGAACGUGGCAAACUCAGUGGUACACUUACUAUUGAUUCCUGUGAGAUUGAGGUCACCGUCUCUUGGUACCCUGUCAGUUGGUGGUGAAGAAUUUGCUUCCUUUUCUUCACAAAUUGGUGUCUCCGGGCGUUUAUGCUCGUGUAUGUUUGAAGUGUUAUUAUUUUGUAUUAACCUGAUGAUGAUAGAGGCUAACGAGAUAGUGCAUAAUUUGGUUAGACUUAGUUUCA